AAAGAAAAGAAAAUGAUGGCCAAAUUAAAUUUGAUAUUAUUUCAGUCUUCUAAGUUCACCGGCCCAUUCCUUCCCCCUCUCUCACAGUCGACUCGCCUCUCGCUCUCUCUCCCCAUCUCCACCGUCCACGGCGGCAAGUUUCUCUCUCGGAGACGGGGACUGCAACAGCAAAGGAGUUUCUCUCCCAUCUCAUUCACGGCUUGUGACUUCUCUCCUGUGAUUCAGAAAAUGGAAAUGGACGAUAGAGAAAGCUCGGCAGUACCAUACUCGGUAACGGAUUCAGUAAAGAGAAGUUUGGCCCACGUAGAAGAUGUUCGAACCCACUUUCUCGAUUUCUUGUCUCUCUCAGACCCAGAUGUCCUCGCCCAAAUGCCGCCUCUGCAACGCGCCCAAUCGCUGCUCUUGCUAGCAAAAGCCACUACAACCCUUUUCACUUUGAAGUUGAGGUGUAAUGGGGUUGACCCAGAUGAGCAUCCAGUCAAAUCCGAGCUUGAGAGGUUAAGUUUGUAUCAAAACAAACUAGAACGGUUCAUAGGUUUGAGCAAUGCGCCUCUUCGACCUUCCACCACCUUAAACUUUCAGGCAGCAACUCGUUUCAUUCAGCAUUCUUUGCCUGACCUUACCCCGGAACAGAGGAAAAGUAUGAGAGCUGUUGGAAAAGAGAAAAAGGCCCAACUAAACAAGAGAAAGUAUGAAUCAACAGAGAAAAAGUCUGUUAAAACAGCUGCCAAGGAGUUUCUUGAAAAAGCAGCCUUGGAGCUUCUUGGUGGUGGUGACAAUGAAGGCCGCCUCAAGGGGCCUUUACAGUUCGAGGAGGCUUCUGAAGAUGAAGAGAAUUCAUGAGUAUAUCUUGUAAGGCAAAAGAAAGAAGGCCGCCUUGAUUACCUUACUAUGAAUCAACAGAGAAAAAAUCUGUUCAAACAGCUGCCAAAGAGUUUCUUCAAAAAGCAGCCUUGGAGCUUCGUGGUGGUGGUGACAAUGAAGGUCGCCUCAAGGGGCCUUUACAGUUCGAGGAGGCUUCUAAUGAUGAAGAGAAUUCAUGAGCAUAUCUUGGUAAAGUUUUACUUUUUAAGAAUUGUUUUUUGUUUGAUGUUUGUUAUGAUAUUACAGAAAUGAGACAACAAAAAAAUUGUUGAUGCGUUGUAUGAUAUGAGAGAUUGUUGUUAAUUUUCUUGGUUUGAUCUUCCAUAGGCUAGGGUCUUGUAUUUGUAUAUUAGUUUAUGCUCAUUUGAUAUGCAAAUGCGUACUGUGAUUUUGGUGAUAUGACUGAUGACCUCAGUAUAGCUUUUUAUAUAUAUGUUUGCUUACUUUGAUGUAUUAGCUACUAAUCUUAGACUGAACACUAUGUUUGAAACACCGGAUUAAACGAAUAACUAGCCUUAGUAGAGAAAGUUAAUAAUGACUA